CUGCCGACCGCAAUGCAGACGCGGGGCCCUCCAGUGCUGCCCGCGUGGCUUUCCUCAGCGGGUCCCGGCGCUGUGGGGUCCGUGCUCCUCUCGUGCCCUGUGCUCCCGGCAGCUUCCCCAGCUGAGCGCGGUCCCCAGCCCGGGUUCAGCACUCUUUGGAUGCCUCUGCCUUCCCCUCCCCCUGUAGACUGGUCCCGGGGGUGGGGUUUCCCUAAGCUCUCGCCCCCUCCCACCCCCACCCCUCAUGUGUGCCCACCCCUCCCCCGCCCGCCCCUAUGUAUGUGUCACGGCGCGCCAUUCCCGCCCACCUACCUCCCCGCGGUACCAGAGGGGGCUCACUGAGCUGAGGACGCGCACAGCACCACUCAAAGGUCCCUCACUCUCUCUCCGCACCCUUGCCGGCUGGCAUCUGACGCAGGUGCCAAGGGGGCUCCGGGCACCUUUCUGUGUCCCUUCCCUCUACCAACCCUGCUCCGCAACCCAGCCAGUUAGCUGCCACUGAGGCCACCGCCCGAGGGGACCUGCGGACAAGACGCCGGAGGGAGGAGGGGUGCGGAGGGCACUCCGCGCAGAGCAUCCCCGCUGCAGCGCUGCAAGACCCGGGGCUCGCAGCCCCCCAGGAAUCCCUAGCUGCCUCGCCAGCGUUAAGGGACUGAAGUUUUUGGAGCAGCAAGUCCAACUCUUCAAGGUGAACUAUGACCACUUUACUACUGGUCUUUGUGACUCUGAGGGUCAUCGCUGCAGAGAUCUCCGAAGAAGUUCCAGACCAUGACAACUCACUGAGCGUGAGCAUCCCUCAACCAUCCCCACUGAAGGUCCUUCUAGGGACUUCCCUCACCAUCCCCUGCUACUUCAUCGACCCCAUGCAUCCUGUGACCACUGCACCCUCCACUGCCCCCCUUACCCCAAGAAUCAAGUGGAGUCGCGUUUCCAAGGAAAAAGAGGUAGUAUUGUUGGUGGCCACGGAGGGACAGGUUCGAGUGAACAGCAUCUACCAAGACAAGGUAUCAUUACCCAACUAUCCAGCCAUCCCCAGUGAUGCCACACUGGAAAUCCAGAACCUUCGCUCCAAUGACUCUGGGAUCUAUCGCUGUGAAGUGAUGCAUGGCAUUGAGGAUAGUGAAGCCACCCUGGAGGUCAUAGUAAAAGGCAUCGUGUUCCACUACAGAGCCAUCUCCACACGCUACACUCUAGACUUUGACAGAGCACAGCGGGCUUGCCUGCAGAACAGCGCCAUCAUCGCCACACCUGAGCAACUGCAGGCUGCCUACGAGGAUGGCUUCCACCAAUGCGAUGCAGGCUGGCUGGCUGACCAGACGGUCAGGUACCCCAUCCACACUCCCCGGGAAGGCUGCUAUGGAGACAAGGAUGAGUUCCCUGGAGUGAGAACCUACGGCAUCAGAGACACCAAUGAGACCUACGAUGUGUACUGCUUCGCUGAGGAGAUGGAGGGCGAGGUCUUUUAUGCCACAUCCCCGGAGAAGUUCACCUUCCAAGAGGCAGCCAAUGAGUGCCGAAGGCUGGGGGCACGGCUGGCUACCACGGGCCAGCUCUACCUGGCCUGGCAGGGGGGGAUGGACAUGUGCAGCGCCGGCUGGCUGGCGGACCGCAGCGUGCGCUACCCCAUCUCCAAGGCUCGGCCCAACUGCGGGGGCAACCUUCUGGGUGUAAGGACUGUCUAUCUGCACGCCAACCAGACAGGCUAUCCGGAUCCCUCAUCCCGCUAUGAUGCCAUCUGCUACACAGGUGAAGACUUUGUAGACAUCCCAGAAAACUUCUUCGGGGUGGGUGGCGAAGACGACAUCACCAUCCAGACAGUGACCUGGCCAGACCUGGAGCUGCCCCUGCCCCGAAAUAACACGGAGGGAGAAGUCCGGGGCAAUGAGAUCCUCACCGCAAAGCCCAUCUUCGACCUGUCCCCCACCAUCUCAGAGCCCGAGGAGCCCCUCACCGUUUUCCCUGCUGUGAGGGCCACGACCUUCCCUGAGGCUGAGAGAAGAACUGAGGAAACCACCAGGCCCUGGGGCUUUCCGGAGGAAACCACAGCUGGGCUGGACUCUGCCACGGCCUUCACCAGUGAGGACCUGGUUGUUCGAGUGACCCUGGCACCAGGUGCAGCUGGAGCCCCUGGGCAGCCCCACUUGCCGGGGGGAGUAGUAUUCCACUAUCGCCCAGGCUCCAGCAGAUACUCUUUGACAUUCGAGGAGGCACAGCAGGCCUGCAUGCAAACCGGGGCUGUCAUGGCCUCACCAGAGCAGCUGCAGGCUGCCUAUGAGGCAGGCUAUGAGCAGUGUGAUGCCGGCUGGCUGCAGGACCAGACCGUCAGGUACCCCAUUGUGAACCCACGGACCCCAUGUGUGGGUGACAAGGACAGCAGCCCUGGAGUCAGGACCUAUGGUGUGCGCCCGUCAUCAGAAACCUAUGAUGUCUACUGCUACGUGGACAAGCUUGAGGGGGAAGUGUUCUUUGCCUCACGCCUGGAGCAGUUCACCUUCCAGGAAGCGCAGGCCUUCUGUGAAGACCAAAAUGCCACCUUGGCCUCCACUGGCCAGCUCUACGCUGCCUGGAGCCAUGGCCUGGACAAGUGCUAUGCUGGCUGGCUGGCAGAUGGCAGCCUCCGAUACCCCAUCGUCACCCCUCGGCCUGCCUGCGGUGGGGACAAACCGGGCGUGAGAACUGUCUACCUCUACCCCAACCAGACUGGCCUUCCAGACCCAUUGUCCAGGCACCAUGCCUUCUGCUUCCGAGGUGUGUCCGUGGUACCCUCUCCGGGAAGAGAAGAUGGUAGCAUGCCCACAUCACCCUCUGACAUAGAGGCCUGGAUCGUCACUCAGAUGGGGCCUGGUGUGGAUGCUGUCCCAUUGGAGUCAGAGACAACAGUGGAGCCAGACUUCACCACUGAAGCAGAAAAACAGACUGAAUGGGAACCAGCCUAUACCCCAGUGGGUACAUCCCCACUACCAGGGAUCCCGCCCACGUGGCUCCCCACCAUUCCAGCGGCAGAGGACCACACUGAAACCCCCUCUGCCACUGAAGAGCCCUCUGCCUCAGAAGUGCCUUUCGCCUCAGAGAAGCCUUAUACAACAUCACUUGCAUCACCAAGUGGGACAGAGCUGCCAGGCUCUGAGGAGGCAUCAGGACCACAUGACCUCAGUGGUGACUUCACAGGCAGCGGAGAAACUUCAGGAGGCCUUGAAUCCAGUGGGCAGCCAUCAGGGGGCAGUGAGAGUGGACUUCCCUCUGGUGACCUUGAUUCCAGUGGCCUCCAUCCCACAGUGAGCUCAGGCCUGCCUGUAGAAAGUGGACUGGCCUCAGGAGAUGGAGAAGGAGUGGAGUGGUCCCACACUCCCACAGUUGGCAGGCUGCCCUCUGGAGGUGAAGGCCUAGAAGGCUCUGCCUCUGGAACAGGAGAACUUAGCGGGCUGCCUUCUGGGAGGGAAACAAUAGGAACCUCUGCUUCUGGAGCAGAAGAUAUCAGCGGACUCCCUUCUGGAAGAGACAGUCUAGAAACUUCUACCUCUGGUGUAGAGGAUAUCAGUGGGAUUCCUACUGAAACAGGAGGUCUAGAGACAUCUGCCUCUGGAGUAGAGGACCUCAGUGGACUUCCUUCUGGACAAGAAGGUCCAGAAACAUCUACCUCUGGAAUAGAGGACAUCAGUGUACUUCCUACUGGAGGAGAAACUCUAGAAACUUCUGCUUCUGGAGUGGGAGACCUGAGUGGACUUCCUUCAGGAGGAGAAAGUCUAGAAACAUCUGCUUCUGGUAUGGAGGAUGUCACCCAGCUUCCUACUGAAAGAGAGGGUCUAGAGACUUCUGCCUCUGGAGUAGAGGAUGUUAGUGGGCUUCUUUCUGGAACAGGAGGUCUAGAAACUUCUGCCUCUGGAGUAGAGGACGUUAGUGGGCUUCUUUCUGGAACAGGAGGUCUAGAAACUUCUGCCUCUGGAGUAGAGGAUGUCAGUGUGCUUCCUACUGGAAGAGAAAGUAUAGAAACUUCUGCCUCUGGAGUAGAGGAUAUUAGUGGGCUCCCUACUGAAGCAGGAGGUCUAGAAACUUCUGCCUCUGGAGUAGAGGACAUUAGUGGCCUUCCUUCUGGAACAGAAGGUCUAGAAACUUCCUCUUCUGGAGUAGAGGAUGUUAGUGGGCUUCCUUCUGGAACAGGAGGUUUAGAAACUUCCACCUCUGGAGUAGAGGACAUUAGUGGCCUUCCUUCUGGAACAGGAGGUCUAGAAACUUCUGCCUCUGGAGUAGAGGAUGUCAGUGUGCUCCCUACUGAAGCAGGGGGUCUAGAAACUUUUGCCUCUGGAGGCUAUGUCAGUGGGAUUCCUUCUAGUGGAGAUGCUACAGAAACUUCUGCUUCUGGAGUAGAGGGUGUGAGUGGCCUUCCUUCUGGAGGUGACGGUCUAGAAACUUCUGCCUCUGGAAUGGAGGAUCUUGGUUUUUCUACCAGGGAUGAUCUGGAGAGUUCUGCUUCAGGAAUAGGUGUUACUGGGCCUCCUGCUGGAAGAGAGGAUCUAGAGACCUCUGUUUCUGGGGCAGGUGAUGACCUCAGUGGACUUCCUUCUGGAAAAGAAGGCCUAGAGACCUCAGCAUCUGGAGCUGAGGACCUUGGUGGGUUGCCUUCUGGAAAAGAAGAUUUGGUAGGUUCUGCCUCUGGAGCCUCAGACAUUGGCAAGCUACCUACUGGAAUGCUAGGAAGUGGUCAAACUCCAGAAGCAAGUGGCCUACCUUCUGGAUUUAGUGGUGAGUAUUCUGGAAUGGACAUUGGCAGUGGCCCAUCCUCUGGCCUGCCUGACUUUAGUGGACUUCCAUCUGGGCUCCCCACUGUCUCCCUAGUGGACAGUACCUUAGUGGAAGUGGUCACAGCCACCACUGUCAGUGAACAGGAAGGAAGAGGAACCAUCGGCAUCAGUGGUGCAGGAGAAGUGUCAGGGCUACCCCUCAGUGAAUUGGACAAUAGUGGGGACAUUAGUGGUGUCCCUUCAGGGACUGAACUCAGUGGCCAGGCAUCCGGGUCACCUGAUGUCAGUGGAGAAACCUCUGGAUUUUUUGAUGCUAGUGGACAGUCGAUUGGGUCUUCUGAUGUCAGUCAGGGAACAUUUGGGAUUCCUGACACCAGCGGGACAGCUGAAGCCACUGAGCUUAGUGGACUGUCCUCUGGACAACCAGGUGUCAGUGGAGAAGGGUCUGGAGCUCUCUUUGGCAGUGGAGAAACCUCUGGGCUUCCAGAUCUCAAUGGGCAGCCCUCGGGGUUGCCAGUGUUCAGUGGAACAACACCCAUAACCCCUGACCUGGUUUCUGGCAGCGUGAGUGGCAGUGGGGACUCUUCUGGCAUUACAUUUGUGGACAGCCGUUUUGUAGAAGUGACCCCUACCACUUUUAAAGAAGAAGAAGGCUUAGGAUCAGUGGAACUCAGCGGACUCCCUUCGGGGGAGAUGGACCUGUCUGGCACAUCUGGGACUGUGGACAUCAGUGGCCAAUCUUUUGGAGCAAUUGAUUCCAGCGGAUUCACAUCCCCAGCUCCGGAACUCAGUGGCCUCCCAAGUGGAGUAGCUGAAGUCAGUGGAGAAUUCUCUGGAGUUGAGCCUGGGAGCAGCUUGCCCUCAGGAGCACAUGACGGCAGUGGACUUGCCUCGGGUUUUCCUACUGUGUCUCUUGUAGACAGGACUUUGGUGGAAUCUGUAACCCAGGCUUCAACUGCUCAAGAAGCUGGAGAAGGGCCUUCGGGCAUUUUGGAACUCAGUGGUACCCAUUCUGGAACACCAGACAUGUCCGGGGACCUUUCCGGGUCUUUGGAGCUAAGCACACUGCAGUCUGGGCUGGAACCCAGCACAGAGCUACCGAGCUCUCCAUACUUUAGUGGGGACUUUUCCAGCAGCACUGAUCUAAGUGGAGAAUCCGUAGUUGCAACAGCUGGUAGUGGGGAAACCUCGGGGCUUCCAGAAGUCACUUUAAUCACUUCAGAAUUAGUGGAGGCUGUGACUGAACCAACCGUCUCCCAGGAACUUGGCCAAGGGCCUUCUGUGACAUAUACUCCUGGGCUCGUUGAGGCCAGUGGGGAAGCCUCGGCAUCAGAGGACCUUGGUGGAGCUGUGACAAACUUCCCUGGGUCUGGAGUAGAAGCAUCUGUCUCAGAAGCCAGCAGUGAGUCAUCGGCUUACCCUGAGGCUGCAGUAGGAGUGUCUGCUGCCCCUGAGGCCAGCAGUAAACAGUCUGUGUUCCCAGAUCUUCACAAAAUCACCUCUGCCUUCCAUGAAGCAGAUAUGGAGACGACAACCUCAGGCAUGGAGGUGGGCGGCACCUCUUGGACCUUUCAGGAAAGCACGAAGGAGGGGUCUGCUGCUCUGGAAGUGAGUGGAGAAUCUACCACUGCCUCCAGUAUAGACACUGACAUGUCAGGCAUGCCUUCUGCCACUCCCAUGACUUCUGGAGACAGGACUGAAGUCAGUGGAGAUUGGUCUGUUCACACCUCAGAGCUGAAUGUUGCCAUCAGCACCACACUCCCAGAGUCCGAGGGGGCCCAACCUACCCAGAGCCCUACAGAGACACAUCAAGAAAUCAAAUCCCCAAUGUCCUCAUACUCAGGAGAGGAGACCCAAACAGCAGAAACAACCAUAUCCCUGACAGACACCCCCUUGUCUCCAGAAGGCUCAGGAGAAGCAGAGUCAACUGCUGCAGACAUUGAUGAGUGCCUCUCAAGCCCUUGUCUGAAUGGAGCCACCUGCGUGGAUGCCAUCGACACUUUCACAUGCUUAUGCCUUCCCAGCUACGGAGGGGACCUGUGUGAGAUCGACCAGGAACAAUGCGAGGAAGGAUGGACCAAGUUCCAGGGCCACUGUUAUCGACAUUUCCCUGACCGUGAGACCUGGGUGGAUGCUGAGAGAAGGUGUCGAGAGCAGCAGUCACAUCUGAGCAGCAUUGUCACUCCUGAGGAACAGGAGUUUGUCAACAAAAAUGCUCAAGACUACCAGUGGAUAGGUCUGAAUGACAGGACUAUCGAAGGGGACUUCCGCUGGUCUGAUGGACACUCCCUGCAAUUUGAGAAGUGGCGUCCCAAUCAGCCUGACAACUUCUUUGCUACUGGAGAGGACUGCGUAGUAAUGAUCUGGCAUGAGAAGGGCGAAUGGAAUGAUGUCCCCUGCAAUUACCAGCUGCCCUUCACAUGCAAAAAGGGCACUGUGGCCUGUGGAGACCCCCCAGUGGUGGAGCAUGCCAGGACCCUCGGGCAGAAGAAGGACCGAUACGAGAUCAGCUCCCUGGUGCGGUACCAGUGUACUGAGGGCUUUGUCCAGCGCCAUGUGCCCACCAUCCGGUGCCAGCCCAAUGGGCACUGGGAAGAACCUCGAAUCACCUGUACAGAGCCCACCAUGUACCAGCGCAGGCUACAGAAGCGGAGCCUGAGACACACACGGAGGAGCCGCCCCAGCAUGGCCCACUGAGAGAAGCUUCCACCAUGUGCCCCAGGAGGCUGAGCCCAGAGGCCAGCCAG